AUGUAUCUUAAUGUCUACAGUCCUGAACAGGGCGUCCAAACCUAUACGCGUGAUUUCCGCUGCGCAGGCACAGUAACUGCAAUUAUUUCGGUGCACAACCAGCUGUUUUUAGGUACUGUUCGAGUUGGCAAAAGUACAGUUGUAAAAAUAUUGGCUGGAAAAUACAAUUUCACCACUAAAGACUACGAAAUGACUCAGGGAAUAGAGCUGCACGACAAGACGUUUGUCAUUGAUGGCCACACUGUGGACACUGUCUUGGUUGAUACAGCUGGGCACGAACUGUACUAUUGGCUUGUUAGGCCAAUUUGCGAUCCCAGUGCAUUUUUCGUGCUUUGCUUCGACUUAACAAACAAGGACAGUUUUCAUGCUGUGGAAGCGUUGACGAAAGAACUGGACAUUCGAAAAGGUGCACUGGUUGGCUGCAAAUCUGAUCUCGUCUCAAGACAUGUUGUUUCGUUGGCAGCUGCCGAAGAAUUGGCUGCAAAAAACAAUUUGAAGCUACUUCUUACUUCAACG